GAUUGGUCUAGAAAAGUUCAAUGGAUCACAAAAGGAUGCUUAACUUUCAGAGAAGCAUACGAACGAACCGGAAGGAUUCUAAAUAUUACUGUUAUACCAUAUGACCCACAUUCUCCGCCUAAAGUUUUGAAUUAUAUUACUGCUCCUGAUUGUGUCAUCUGGUCUGCUGUAAUUGCAAGUGCUGCCGUGCCUGGCAUUCUUAAUCCCGUGGUUCUUAUGCAAAAAUUGAAAAAUGGCUCAUUAUUUCCAUACAAUUAUGGUCACAAAUGGAAAGAUGGUUCUUUACGUACCGAUAUUCCUAUUCAAUCACUUUACAUGCACUUCAAUGUGAAAAAUACUAUUGUUUCUCAAGUUAAUCCCCAUAUUCAUCUAUUCUUUUAUGCCCCACGUGGCACUGUUGGUCGUCCUGUUAGUCACCGUCAUGGUAGAGGUUGGCGUGGAGGUUUCGUUGUUGCUAGCAUAGAACAAUAUUUAAAGUUGGAUUUAAGUAAAUGGUUAAAAUGGGUUAGGGAUCUUGAGCUUCUACCAAGGUUUGCUGAUCAAGAUUGGAGUUCUAUUUGGCUACAAAGAUUUGAAGGAAAUAUUACAAUAUGGCCAAAAUCUUCAAUAUGGGAUUUCUUUUAUAUCCUUUCUGAUCCUGAUUACAAUAGAUUGGCGCAAAUGAUAAUUAAAGGUCAGCGUGUCACAUGGCCAAAACUUCACAUGAUCUCUAACCGUUUAAAAAUUGAACGUGCAAUACAAAGAGGUCGUAGCGAAUUGAAACGUGAAGAGCGAAAAAAUAGAUAUGAUCGCUUUGCUCCUAAUGAUGGAUUGGGCAGAAUUGAUCGUGAUAGUUCAAGUUCUCCUGACGGACUCAAUCAUCCUAGUCUUCUUAGUGGCAGUGACGGAUUUGAGCAUUCGAGUG